AUGCGGGAGCUUCCCCCCUUGCAACUGGACGGCAUCGAGGCUGAGAUGGCGCCCGACAACGCGCAGGCUGAUGCUUCAAAGCAGUCGGACGAAGAGCCGAGUCAGUCCACGUUGCAGCCGCGCUCCAAGAGACAGAAGCAACGCCGCCGAAUCAGAUACCGCUUCCUCACUCCAUCGGAAUGGGCCAUCGUCGCUCAUGGUAUUGGCGGCGUCAACGAUACCGAAGGCCACAUUGCACUCCAUCCAACUUGCUGGUACUACCCACCCAAGGGCAUUCCCAACGGUCUUUACCGAGACGUCGUAUGGCACCGAACCAAGUACUUCUACAUGUACCAUGGCAUGAGCUCUAUUCGAUGGGUCUCGUACAUUCUGCAGAUCAUUUUUGGGGCCAUCCUCACCGCAAUCGGCUCCAUGUCGUACAAUAACGGCACUCCCAUCACCAUCAUUGCGGCUGCAAACACUAUAAAUGCUGGCAUUCUCGCACUCUUGCACAACAGCGGUUUGCCCGACCGCUACCGCUCCGACCAGGCGGAGUUCGACGAAGUUGAAGACCACCUCAAGAAGAUCCUCGACACCGGAAUCGUUCCUGAGGAUAUGUCUGUCGAUCAAGCUCUUAUCCAUUGUUUUGAUCUGUACCAGGAGGCCAAAAAGACCGUCUCUGCAAAUAUCCCAGCAACUUACACGCCUAGUUCAGUUCUGUCAGGUGGCCAGCAAGGCGGCGAGCCGCAGAAGCCGGGCACACCCGGACCAGCGACACCCAAUGCAACCAACUCGGUCAUCGCUACCAGGCUUUCAGUGGCUGCUCCCCAGACUGCUACCGAAGAGAAGUAG